AUGUCUCCCGACAACGUUGCGGUCGUAUUGCGCAGGAGUCACCAGAAGUCGAAGCAAGGUUGUCAAACCUGCAAGCGUCGACGAGUAAAAUGCGACGAAAUGCAUCCCACGUGCCAACGAUGUCACAAGGGCGGACUUACAUGUAUCUACGCCCAGCCAGCUCACACAGACGACAAUGUUAGUCGCUCUGUAUCAUGGCCGGCUGCCAUUGAGCAGUCUUGUGUAACUUGGAAAGAGACCGGAGAGUCACCGUUUCCUUUCCUCAACAUUACCAAAUCUCCAAGCUGGCACAAUUUGUCAAUGAAGGAGUUGAGAUACUUGUAUCAGAUGGGUCUCGUAGAGUCGUUGCUCAGGCUCAGCGGUACGAACAAUAUGUGUCCGCCGUGGGGAGAUAUUCCAAUGAUGUUUCAAUUAGCGAAUAGUUUUGAUUUUGUCACAUACACUCUCGCAGCCGGUUCGGCAUCACGCCUAGCCACGAUAAGCAAGUCCCGUGAGGCAGCGGAAGAUGCAGCGCGGUAUCACCAACUUGCCAUUACAGGCAUCGGCCGAGCCAUACAGUCCCUAACAAAGGACAAUGCGGAUGCGGUCCUGGGCGCCGCUCUCGGCUGUUCAUACACAAUGUCUGACUAUCGGUCAUUAAUGAUGGUGGCGGAAUAUGGCUCCAAGGUAUCCGACCAAAUGCAAGACUGGUCAAAACGAUCCGUUUUCCGCCGCCCAUUGUCCACCGAGACGCAAAUGGCCCAUUGGGCCCUCUCCACCGACGAAGAAAGUGGUGAUGAUUUCGCCAUCGACAGCAUUUCCGACCUUCUAACUCAAGGAGUCGAGUCAUUGAGCAAACUGGCAUUCUGUUUCCGCGAAGAGCUAAACUUUGCAGCAAUGGUUCGCCACCUCCGGGACGUGUCACGACUCGUUCACGGGCGUCUCGGCACCGCUAUCCCUCCCGCCGAGCAAUACCGCAUCAUCCUGCCAUUCACCUGCUGGUUCACCCGAGAUGCGGCAUCCUGCUAUAUUUCCGUGAGCAGAAAAGAUCCCCGGAUACUCACGUUUCUGCUUCACAUGUAUGCGGUUGUGCUCUCGCUUACCCUGGCCUUGCCAGUGACAGACUUCUCGAUAUUUGCCUCCUUUCGAGUUAGGGCGAUCCUGGAAAUUAGCGAGGCACUAGACGAAAAGGAGGAAUUCAUGUGCGAAGCGUGCAACAAAUUGCACUAUUCGUCUCAGUUGACGGCUUUUCCGAUCAGCGCGGUGUAG